AGAAGCUGUGGACAACGCGGGCAGACGGACGCGUGCGCACACGCUUUCACCCCACCUGCCCACAGCCUCCUUACACCGUGCACCAGAUGUUCUCCGAGACCCUGGACAAGUAUGGGGACCUCCGUGCUAUAGGCUUCAAGCGCCAGGGCACGUGGGAGCACAUCUCCUACUCCCAGUACUACCUGCUGGCCCGAAAAGCCGCCAAGGGCUUCCUGAAGCUCGGCCUGGAGCGGGCACACAGCGUGGCCAUCCUCGGCUUCAACUCCCCGGAGUGGUUCUUCUCGGCGGUGGGCACGGUAUUUGCAGGCGGCAUUGUCACGGGCAUCUACACCACCAGCUCCCCCGAGGCCUGCCAGCACAUCGCCCAUGACAGCCGUGCCAACAUCAUUGUGGUUGACACACAGAAGCAACUGGAAAAGAUCCUGAAGACCUGGAAAGACCUGCCCCAUCUGAAGGCUGUAGUGAUAUACGGAGAAGCGCCUCCAGAGAAGACGGCCAGUGUGUACACGAUGGAGGAGCUCAUGCAGCUGGGGGAUGAGCUGCCCGAGGAGGCCCUGGACUCCAUCAUCAACGCCCAGCAGCCAAACCAGUGCUGCGUGCUGGUCUACACCUCCGGCACCACCGGGAGCCCCAAGGGCGUGAUGCUAAGUCAGGACAAUAUCACGUGGACAGCACGGUACAGCAGCCAGGCUGGCAACAUCAAGCCCGCGGAAGUCCAGCAGGAGGUGGUGGUCAGCUACCUGCCCCUCAGCCACAUCGCCGCUCAGAUCUACGACUUGUGGACGGGCAUCCAGUGGGGGGCCCAGGUCUGCUUCGCCGAGCCCGAUGCCCUGAAGGGGAGCCUGGUGAACACGCUGCGGGAGGUGGAGCCCACGUCCCACAUGGGGGUGCCUCGAGUGUGGGAGAAGUUCAUGGAGCAGAUCCAGGCAGUGGCGGCUCAGUCUGGCUUCAUCCGGCGCAAGAUGCUGCUCUGGGCCAUGUCGGUGACCUUGGAGCAGAACCUCACCUGCCCAGGCAGCGACCUGAAGCCCUUCACGGCCAGACUGGCCGAUUACCUGGUGCUCGCCAAGGUCCGCCAGGCGCUGGGCUUUGCCAGGUGUCAGAAGAGCUUCUACGGGGCGGCCCCCAUGACCGCCGAGACGCAGCACUUCUUCCUGGGCCUCAACAUGCCCUUGUACGCGGGCUACGGCCUCAGCGAGACCUCGGGCCCCCACUUCAUGUCCAGCCCCUGCAGCUACCGGCUCCACAGCUCCGGCAAGGUGGUGCCAGGCUGCCUGGCGAAGCUGGUGAACGAGGAUGCUGAGGGCAUCGGGGAGAUCUGUCUGUGGGGCCGCACCAUCUUCAUGGGCUACCUGAACAUGGAGGACAAGACACGGGAGGCCAUUGACGCCGAGGGCUGGCUGCACACUGGGGACAUGGGGCGCCUGGACACAGACGGCUUCCUCUACAUCACCGGGCGCCUCAAAGGUGCUCCUUUCUGUGCCCAGUUUGCUUGA